AUGAAACCACCUUGGAUUUAUCUGGAUCCUCCUAUCCUACCAUUGGUUCACAUGUAUAAUCUAUUAAAUACUCCUGAAAAUUUUAUCCAAUUUAAGGAAGUAUAUGAAAAAUAUGCAAGCACUUUAUCAAGUGGCAUAAGGACAAACAAAGAAAUAUCCCUGAGGGAGAGAAUAGCCAGGGAUAGGCUCAUGGGAACUGGGUCAUCAGAGGAGAUAGCUCAGAUAGAGGAUAUAACUGAAAUUCAAUAUCUUGAAAUAAGAUGGGUUGACGCUUAUUUCCCUUUCACCCAUCCCUCGUGGGAACUUGAGAUUAAAUUCGAAAAUGAAUAUAUGGAAAUCCUUGGUUGCGGGAUCAUGGAACAAAAAAUUUUGAAUCAAGCCGGGGCACACAAUAAAGUAGGUUGGGCUUUCGGCUUAGGACUGGAAAGACUGGCCAUGCUCUUGUAUGGCAUUCCAGAUAUCCGGUUAUUUUGGUCUCAGGAUUCGGGAUUUUUAAGCCAAUUUAAAACGGAUGAUUGCGAAAAGACCAUCAAAAUGAAACCGAUUAGUAAAUUUCCUCAGUGCAUCAAUGAUGUAUCCUUUUGGCUCCCCCCAAAUCAAGAAUUAUUUGAUACGAACGAUUUUUUAGAAAUGAUUCGUAACAUAACCUCUAUAGCCGAGUCGGAAUUUGAUGAAAUUGAAACAAUGUUCGACGAACCUAGCACUGUUUUAAACGAUUUAAUGUCCAACAAUAGAUUCAAGCAUUCGAACAACGCGAAGGAUAGUUUAGCCAAAAAGCUAGUCCCUAAAAAGGAUGAAACUUGUAAUAAUGGUGGCAACAAACUCGCGCAGGAACGUAGAAUCGAUAUAGUGGAGCAAGUUCAGCUUAUGGAUGAGUAUAAAGAUGCCAAAAGCGGUCGCAUAAGUUUAUGCUAUAGGAUAAUCUAUAGGCACCCUACCAAAACUCUUACCAAGGAAUUGGUUAACCGAUUUCAUCGCAAAAUAGAAAAAGCGCUUGAAACCGAGUUUGACAUCACAUUGCGUUAAAUUCUAAUUUUUAAUAAUUCUUAUAAUAAAUAGAUUUCAUUAUUAUUUCUACUACUCAUAUAAAUCUUUUCAAAUUAUAACGAAAGGAAGAAUUAAUGAUUGAAAAAUAGGAAAAAAAAGAA